AUGGAACCCCACAAACAGGGGCCAAAACGGAAAUCCGUCGCUGUCAUCGGCACAGGGAUGGCAGGGCUGGCCACGGCCUAUUUGCUCCAUCAUGAUCCCCAACAGCGGUAUCAGGUCCGACUGUUGGAAAAGAAAAAUCAAGUCUCCCUGAGCGCGGAAUCCAUCUUGAUCCCCUCGCAAUCGGAGGCCAAAAAAUCCUCGUCAUGGGCCGACGUGCCCAUGCGCGCCUUUGCUGGCGGUUUCUAUCGCAAUCUCAUCUGCAUGUACGACCACCUCGGGAUUCGAUACCAUUCCCAGUCGUUUCUGUUUAGUUUUGCUCGAUUGCCUCAAAAGCCAUCAUCUUCAUCUUCAUCCAAGUUGGAGCCGUAUAUGGUCCACGCGUCCAACUUUCAUCAAUUACCUCCAAUUCCUCACAUGGGCGACUUUGUGCAUUGGAUGGUUGAAGCUGCUUAUGCGUUGCUCUGCUAUUUGUGGUUCGCCGUGUGCUGCUUUUUCCUGGAUCCUUCUCCCGAUGAAUCGUUUGAUCAGUAUCUGCAGCGGAUCUGGCUUCCGCAAUAUUAUGUCGCCAAUUAUCUUCUUCCCCUGAUUUCGAGUGUUUGUACCUGUUCGCAUCGGGAGCUGCUUGAUUUCCCGGCAUCUGAUGUUUUGGAAUAUAAGAAGAGCACCCACCGUCAACAACACUAUGUGGUUACAGACGGCGUGUAUACGGUGCAGGAGAAACUCCUCCAGGGUCUAGACGUGUCUCUAGGUGUUCAUUCUACCCAUGUCGUCCCCAAGACCAAUGGUGUCGAGAUCACAUACUCCACAGCGGGCACAAAAGAGACUAUUGAAACCUUCGAUCUGGUCGUUCUAGCCGUCUCGCCUGACAUAGUGGGCAGGGUCUUUGAACCCUUAAAGAAGACGCUUACGACUAUCCCCACCACUACUGUUGAAACAGUCGCGCAUAGCGACUUUUCCAGUCUGUCAUCAAAAUUACCCACUAAGAAACCAAUAAUCAAACGCCAGUCUGAAACCGACACCCAGAGCAUCCACUUUCGCUCCAAUGAAUACACCACUGAGUCUGUCCACGUGCAGCCUAACUCCAUCCUGGUCACCACCAACCCACUCACGCCCAUCGACCAGUCCAAGACCAUUCAGUCGGCGUCCUUUACGCGUGUGCUUCGGAGCCCCCCGAGCCGACGGGUGAUUAAUGAGAUCUUCGAUGCGGGUAAUGCCUCCAAGGAAAAGGGGUGGCGAAAUGGUGACGGUGGAGUCUACCUGGCUGGAGGAUGGUGCUGGGAUGGCAUGGUUUUGUUGGAGGGAUGUGUUGUGUCGGCCAUGCGCGUUGCAGCGGAGUUGGGCGUUGAGAUUCCCUGGAAGAUAUGA